GAGGGGAAGAGGAUGUGGCUCUUCCCGGAAGGCCCGGCCGGCCCCAGACGGCUCCAGCUCCCUCCGGGGGGGCCCCAGCCGCUGGCUGGGCUGCCCCUGUGGCCCGCGCCCCGAAGUGGCCCCCGCAGGAACCCGGCGCGUGCGGCGGCCCCCACCGACCUUCCCGGCCCGGUCUCCCUCGCUAGCCCGGCAGCCAGCUCCCCGGCGCUGCCCCGCGCCCUCUGACCGGGAGGCGGCCCGGCCUCCGCCUCUGAGCAUGCCGUCCGCCUUCGAGGGCGUGGUCCGGAGCGUGGUCCGCGAGCUGGACCCCAGCGGGGGGCUCGUUCCCGUGGACAGCCUCCGCAGCUCCACCGGCUUCCGGCCCUACCGCCUGCUCAGCAGGAAGCCCUCGCGGUCCCGGUUCUGGAAGCCCCGGUACACGUGCGUCAACCUGUCCAUCGCCGACAUCCUGGAGCCUGAGGCCCCGGAGCCGGACUUAGAGCGCAGUGGCCCCUUCCACUUCUCGGACGACGUGGACGGGCAGCUGAAGGGCAGCGUGGAGCUGGCAGCUCCGGGACAAGGGAAGAUCUCGGGUGGGGCUGCAGUGUCCGACAGCUCCAGCACCUCCAUCAAUGUGUGCACGCUCCGUGUGGACCCCAACACCUGGGAAGCCAUGCACCAGGAGAGGCGCCUGCGGCAGCCCGAGCACAAGAUCCUGCAGCAGCUGCGGCGCCGCGGGGACGACCUGUACGUGGUGACGGAGGUGCUGCAGACGCAGGAGGAGGUGCGCGUCACGCGGACCCACCGGAAGGAGGGCUCGGGCCACUUCACCCUCACCGCAGCCAUGUGCCUUCAGGGCGAGGGCCAGGGCCACCUGAGCCAGAAGAACACCGUGUCCAUCCCCGCAGAAAGCAUCCUCGCCUUCCGCGUGGCCCAGCUGGUCUUCACCUCGGACUGGGACAUCCUGCUCUUCCCGGAGGAGAGGCAGAGGAGCUUCCCGCCGCCGCCGGCCGCAGACGGCAGCCAGCCGCACGCCUUCAGCCUGUCCGCCAUGCUCACGUCCUUCUGUGACCGCGUCCGACUCCUGUCAGACGGGGGCCCGAGGACUGGGCGGCCGCGGAGGACCUGCCGGGGCUGCGGGCGGAGGUGGAGGCGGGGCUGCGCGGAGCUGGAGCAGGCGGAGGCGGCGCUGCGGCGGCAGCUGCUGGGGGGCCUGGCCGAGGCGCUGCGGGACGCGCCGGCCCUGCGGGCCUUGGAGGCCGCGCUGGAGCAGGGCCUGAGCGGCGGGCGGCCGGUGGAGCCGCGAGGCCCGGCGGGCGCCAUCCUGGAGUGCCUGGUGCUCCCCUCCCGGGUGCUGGCGCCCGAACUCGCCACCCCCAUCUUCUUGCUCGGGGCUCUGACCGUGCUGAGUGAACCCCAGCACCAGCUGCUUGCCAAGGUGCUGAAGACACACGCCCUUCCGGAGCAGCUCAGGCUGGUGGAGCAGGUCCUGGAGCAGAGCGCCCCGUGGCACCGGCCGGGCGCCGUCAGCCUGCCCCCCGGGCUCCUGGGGGGCUGCUAGGAGGGGGGGCCGGCCUGGGCCUUGCUGGAGGAGUGCGGCCUGGAGCUCCAGGGCCCCGCCCCGCAGGUGCGCUGGGAGCCGCGGGCCCAGGGCCCCACCUGCGCCCUCUACGCCGCGCUGGCGCUGUUGUCGAAGCUGAGCCCCAAGCCCUGCUAGGCCCGCAGGCCUGGCGCGCUCUGCCCGUCGAGGAAGGCCAAGGCUCACCGCACCACGAGGCCAGGAGUUGGAGACGUUUAAUAAACACGA